AUGGCCACGCAAGACUACGGGAUAUUCGGACUCGGAGACUGGGAGCUCCAGAGCGGUUCGAAGCUUAUCAAUGCCCAUAUAGCUUAUAAGACCUUCGGAGAUCCAACGUCUCCAGCUAUUGUCUAUCCCACAUGGUUCUCUGGGGCCAUUGCGGACAAUUUCUGGCUCAUAGGACAAGACAAGACUCUCAACCCAGAGAACUAUUACAUUAUAGUUCCCGCGCUGUUCGGAAAUGGCCAGUCGACCUCGCCCUCGAAUUACCCAAUUGAAGGAGAGUGGCCGAAAGUGUCCUUCUACGACAACGUCCGUGCUCAAUAUCAGCUUGUCACCGAGCACCUAGGAAUAAAUCACUUGCGUGCUGUAAUCGGGUGGUCGAUGGGAGGAGCUCAGACCUACCAAUGGGCCACACAGUAUCCUGACUUUAUGGACCUGGCUGUGCCGUUUUGCGGUUCGGCGAAGACAUCCCUUCACAACCAGGUGUUUCUCGAGGGCGUCAAGAGUGCUCUGCUAGCAGCGAAAGGCAUCCAGUCUGCGGGAUCUGGCCAAGGUGGUGUACUUGCUUCUGGACAGACGCUGAGGGCAUGGAACGAGGCCGAAAAGGAAGUCGGACUCAAAGCAUUUGGCAGGGGUUAUGCUGGCUGGGGCUUCUCUCAGGCGUUUUACCGGGAGAGGCUGUAUGAAAGCGACUUGGGAUACAAAGACCUCGAAGACUUUAUGCAAAAUUUCUGGGAGGCUUGGGCUCUUUCUAAAGAACCGGGAAACCUUCUGGCGAUGGCGCAAACUUGGCAGAAUGGCGAUGUCAGCAAGCAAGAGCCGUACAAUGGCGACUUUGAAAAAGCCCUAGCAGCGAUCAAAGCAAAAACGCUGGUGUUGCCUGCAAGAACUGAUCUUUACUUUCCGCCAGAAGACUCCGAAUAUGAAGUCAAAAACAUGAGCCCAGGAGUCGGCACUCUUCGUGUUUUUCCGUCAAUUUGGGGCCAUUGGGCUGGGGGCCCUGGUGAUAGUAAGGAUGAUGUGAAAUGGCUUGAUGAACAAUUGUCGAGUUUCUUUCAACAGAACUAG